GGCUGGUUGAAGCAGCAGCAGCAGCAGAAGCAGCAGCAGCAGAAGAAGAAGAAGAAGAGGCUCUGUGUUUGUUUGGAUUAGGGGGUUGGGCUGCCUGCUGGUAGGAAACCGCCGCCAGACAUCCAGUUCGUCCCCGGCGGUGCAGCGUUGCUUUCCCGCAGCCUCAGCAGCAUCGACUCCGCAGCGCAGCCUCCAGCCUCACCUGCUCCUCAUCUGCGCCUUUCCUCCGCCUCAGUCCAGACACAAACACUGCAGCACGCAGGGAGACGGACGGACAAGGACGACCGGCUGAGCAGUCUUCAGGGAAAUAAGGGAAUAUAUUGAAGGUCGGUGAAAGAUGGUGAAACUGGGGAGUAAUCUUCAGGACAAAGGGGCCAAACCUGUGAGCGUGGAGGACGGCUUUCAGAAUGUGCCCCUCAUCACUCCUCUGGAUGUUGGCAGCCUGCAGGGCCAAGCACCUGAAAAGGUGGUGGUGAAAACUCGCACGGAGUACCAGACAGAGAAGAAGAGGCUGAAGGUGCCAAAGGUGGAGGAGUUCACCAUCAGCUUCACUGACGGUGUGUCUGAGAGACUGAAGGUGACGAUUCUGAUCAUCCUGGCCCUGGCCUUUCUCGCCUGCAUUGUGUUCCUGGUGGUUUAUAAAGCCUUCACCUACGACCACGCCUGCCCAGAUGGAUUCAUUUAUAAGCACAAACGGUGUAUCCCAGCCUCUCUUGAGGCCUACUACGCUGCCCAGGAUGCCAACUCGAGGGGCCGUUUUUACACAGUGAUCAGCCACUACAGCAUGGCCAAGCAGACCACCUCGCACUCUGUCUCCCCCUGGCUGCCUGGAGGAGCAGGGGGGCAGCAGCGUGACGCUAAACCCCCGGCUGGCGAGGGUCACUGAGUUAGCUGAGCGCUUAAUGGGUGUUGUACACAACUACAAACACAUGCAGACAGAAAACAGAGACAGGAAAAUAUCAAUGCUUACACACACGCACACACACACACACACAUUCACACAUAUGUAGGUAAUAAUUUUUGAAAUAGACAAAAGAGACACAAAACCAGUAUAUAAUGCAGAUAUAGAGAGAAAACAUGCAUGCAGACAAAUCCACACAAAGAACAUGCUAGGUUAUUGUCUGAUUUACAUCGACUUCCCAUUUUUGUGCUCAAUCUAUUAUCAAGGGAAACCAUUGAACCUUUGCUCUCUUGUGAUUAUCAUUGUCUGCUGAUACACACACACACACACACGCACACACACGCACACACACACACACACACACACACACACACACACACACACACAAAGUCUGCUCUCUCAUUACCAUGCCUAUUCCCCACCUCUAGUUUAUGAUUUAUUUAUUGACUGUCAGGUUAUAUUUAUUUUUUAACUGUAAUGUAUUGAUGAUUUUUAUUUCAUUAUCUGACUCAUCUGUAAAAAGACACAACUGAGUGCUGAAAUUCAAGCAUCUUCAUGGUGAGAACCUCUGGGAUAUCCACUCUUUUGUUUUUCUAGUGCAUAUACUGUAGUUACUGUAUAUUUAUCUACAGCCCGCUUGCUUUCUUGCUUAGUUCAGUCACCUCUGUCACACACACACACAUACACAGCCUACUGGAAACAAAAAACUAAACAUGAUCUGGUUUUGCCGUAACACAUUUUCAAACACAACAUCUCACCUUUACUGUCCAAGGAAGCUUCUACGCCCAUUUCCAAAUCCGGAGGUGAUUGAAUGAAUUUUUCCAUCAUGGCUGUUUGAUAGCUUUCAUAACAUGACAUGUGCUGUGCUCUACAUUUGAAAUCCCAUAGUGAACUGUACAUACAAUUGUGCGUUCAAGCUAGUUUUGUGUUUUUGCUCUUGUAGUAGCUUUUAUUAGAAGGUUAUCCUUGCUUUUUUUCACAAAACCUACAGUUUACUUACAUACUGCUUCAGCUGCCAGUCCUGUUGCUCCAUUAAAAACAACAUUGCAGAUGGAAAAGGAAAUACCAGUGCAUAAGACCAUAUCUUGCCAAAACUGUUUGUUUUCAGCUGUGUUUUAAUAUGUUUAUCGAUGGGCUUAAACUGCAGCCAAUCUUUUUUUUUCCCAUCUACUGUUAUUUUUCAAUUUGCAAUGUUGGAUCUGUUGUCAAGAGCGCCUUUAUGGGGUAUUGUGAUGUUGUUAGUUGAUAUGUAGCGAUACUUGAUGUAAUUUGUGCAUCCUUGUUCCUCUCUUCUCUUGGUUUGAAUUCAAAAUAAAACAAGCUGUGACCUGUG